CGCGAGCCUGUUAUGCGCACGUGACAGGACAGGACCGACGGAAGAGGAACGAGCGAGAACCGGGUGUUUUCAAGGAGCCGAAGAACGUGUGAAGGCUCUGGGCCUCCCCCAGUUCCUUUUUCGACACGGGUUUGGUUGUCCUUCAUUGAUUUCGCGCGCCCAUUUAUUUUGACGGCAUGUGGGGCGGUCACGGUGGCUUUGACAGUGCUUAUGGUGGUGGUGGUGGUGGAUAUUCACAGUCACCUGGAGGGUUUGCAUCGCCCUCUGCAACCCAAGGUGAAAAGAAACUGAGGUCAAGAUCACAGAAUAUUGUGCCAUGUACAGUGUCCCAGUUACUUUCUGCUGAACAGGUGGAUGAUGCUUUCAAGGUCCAAGAAGUUGAACUUUCACAGGUCAUUAUCGUGGGCAUAAUCCGGCAAGCAGAAAAAGCACCAACAAACAUUCUGUACAAAGUGGAUGAUAUGACCGCAGCCCCAAUGGAUGUGAGACAGUGGGUUGACACAGAUGAGGAGAGCAGUGAGAAUGUUGUGGUGCCCCCAGGGACAUAUGUGAAAGUGGCUGGUCAUUUGCGGUCUUUCCAGAACAAGAAGAGCCUGGUUGCAUUCAAGAUCAUGCCUCUGGAGGAUAUGAAUGAGUUCACUACGCAUUUGCUGGAAGUUGUCAACGCCCACAUGAUCCUCAGAAAAGGAAACAUGAGCACAUCUACGACGAUGCCUCAGUCAUUUGCUACAUUGGGGAUGAACAACAAUCCAAGUUAUGGAGGAAGUGGUGCCUUACCCAUGGGUGGGCUUACACCACACCAAAGUCAGAUCCUGAAUUUGAUUAAAACCUGCAGGACAACUGAGGGGAUAAGUCUUCAGGAUUUGAAGUCCCAGUUGCAGAGUAUGAAUCUACAGACACUCAAGAAAGCUGUUGAGUUUCUUAGCAGCGAGGGACAUAUCUAUUCCACUGUCGAUGAUGAACACUUUAAAUCUACAGAUGGUGAUUAAGGCUUGGUGAUCAUGAUCUUAAUCUAAGAGUUCUGAUGGUGACUCUUGUGGACCCAGUGAAUGCCCUUCUGCACAUCAGUGCUUGUUGGCUGCCAUGACUUGGAAAUGGUAUGUCAACUUUGCCUGUCCAUCUACAAGAUAGAACCAUCAUAGAAAAGGUCUUAGAAUUUUAUUAUUACUGAAGAAGGAGAGACAAUGUAAAUGCAGUAUUGCUGUAUUUCAAGACACCUUUGAAGCCUCAAUAAAGUUGUUUUGAUGUUUUC